AUGCAUUACUUUACUUCGUUUCUUCUUAUUAUUCAAAUCUUCUUUUCGCCUUUUGUUGUGUCUUCACCAUUACCUUCAAUUGAUUCACAAUCCGUCUAUGCAAUCUAUACUUUAUCUUAUAAUGACACUCAAUCAACAAUCAUCUAUAUUAAUAUUCAAUUUCCAACAAAUGAAAAUACUUUACUUCCUUUAAAUCGUACAUUAACAUUCAUAAUGCCACGUUCUAUUCCAUCUGGUUAUAAUUUACAAAUGUAUGAUUCAUAUGUAGAAAAUCUAACGGCUCGUAGUUUAAAUGGAAAUCCUAUUAUUGUCGAAAAAGAAUCAACGGAUAGUCCAAGAUGGAUAGUAAAAUGUUCUUCGUCUGAAAUAUUAUCAACAAUUUCCUAUGCAAUUGAUUUAGCUAAACAAGAAAAGGAUAUAUUAAGUGCUGGUGAUGCAUCAAAAAUACGUCGAGAUCGUUAUAUAGGUAUAUUAGGUUAUUCUGUUUAUGGUUACUUAGAACAAAUGGAUAGGGUAGAAAAUUUUCCAAUAGAAAUAAUCGUUUAUGGUCCAUCUGAAUGGCCAAUUCAUUUAACAUUACCAUCUAGUGAUACAUUAACGAAUGAACAAGUGUAUGGUAUGACUUCUGGAAGAGCUAAAAAUUAUUAUCACUUAGCUGAUUCACAAGUAUAUAUGGGACCAAAUAUAAAUAUAAAAUAUAUUUCAAUUCCUUUGAAUCAAUUUUAUCGAAAAAAAUCAAAAUCGUAUACUAAUACAUCGUUAUCGUUUUAUGUUGUUCUCUAUACAGAAGAUUCUUAUAAUUUAGACUUUGAUUUACUCGUUGGUUUAAGUUUUGAAGCAAUGGAAAAUCUAUUAGUAUAUUAUAAUAGUACUCCAUUUUUACGUUAUACAGUUGGAGUGGAAAUGCUUAAACCAUUAGGUGAACAAUAUUCAUAUAGUUUUAGUAUGGAACAUUUAAAUAGUUGUACAAUUAGUAUUGAUUAUGGUUCCGGUGUCAAUAUUAAUAGUACAAAAACAAGAUUAAGAACAUUUCAAUAUAAUAUCGCACAUCAUAUUCAACAUGCUUGGUUACCGAAACGACUUUUUUCGAAAUUCUACUAUCCAUAUACAUUUGAAGUAACACCAGUUAUUGAUACAAUAUGGUUUAAUGAGGGUUUUGGUCAAUAUAUUGCUAUGGAUGCAAUGGCUAAUGUUCUACCGUUAAACGAAUCUUAUGAUUAUAGACAAUAUUUUAUUGAAAAUCGUUUUAAAUUUUAUUUUAACUUAGCACCAUUAUUUAUCAAAGAAAUGUCAUUGGACUAUUUAUCUAUGAUUGGAUCGACUCUAUAUUCGGUUGAUUUUCGAACGGGUAGUUAUUUAUUUGCAAGUGGAGCUUUAAUGGCUCAAGAAAUCGAUGAAUUUAUACAAUUAAACACGCAAAAACAAAAAAGUAUUCGUGAUGUUAUUAUUUAUAUGAUGAAAUGGUCAGAAUCGAAUGAAUACAUUUCUCCAUUUACAAUGAAACAAUUUCCUAAAUUUUUUAUGGACGCGACUAAUGUUGAUGUGAAUUCAAUUUUAGACAAAUGGUUAGAACCGAACUAUUGUCAUGAUAUGCCUAGUAUUUCCAGUAAAUCUUUAUUUUCGUGCGUUCCUGCUAUUGCUGUUAUUUUUUGUUGCAUGUUUUUCCAUAUAGUUGGGAAUUUUUUAUAA